CACCUGUCUCAGGUAGUCUGCGGGCGGCGUAACACUACAAACAUUAUCUGUGGCCUUUUACUCGAGAUAAUAAUGCUAAUUCUCUCGUUGAAACACUGUUGCCCUAUGUUGCUGCAAAUUGAGGCUGAUAAUUGAGGGUUAGGUGCUUAGAAACAAGAGGUGUUACAAUGAAAAGGGAACAAAGAACAGAGAAUUAUGAAUUGAAGUAAAGUGGGGAGGCGGCAGCAGUAGAGUGGAGCAAGCCCGGGCUCAGAACCAGUCUUGGGAGGUGUGGCGCCUGACGUGUUGCUCCCGCCUCACGCUGCCGCUUGUGAAGAGAAUAAUAUGGUGUUUCGUGAAAUAUAAACUACUGAUUUGCAAUGACAAAGUGCUCUUACAUUUUAAAGUACACGGAGGAGGCAAAUGUGUGAAAGCAUAAGAGUUUCUGUCUACCGUGCGCCUUAGCGGUCUGUGAAGAACACCGUUACUCGAAGUGUAAACAGGAGGACCUCAGGUGAUUUAUAAGCGAAGGGUCCAGCGAGGCAGAGCACAGGCGAUGCGAUGAAUGGAAGUCACUGCAUCUAUAGACAGAAAAUGGGAAGACGACUGUCUGCGUGGGCCUGUGUGCGCACUGUCUCAACCUUCUUCCUUGGCUUCGGCUUGGGCCUCGUCAUUCACAUUUUCGCCAGCCUGUCUGUCGAAAUAGCGAGAGAAAAUGCCCUAAAUAACGACAUCACCAAUAACAGCACCGAGUACGAGAGUACAAUGAACAACCCACAGGUGGGCGGCUCGUGGGCGUGGGGGCUUUCCUGGGGGCCGCGGGCGGCUCUGACCACACAGGGAGUGGGAGAUGCAAGCAGGGGAAGCAGUGCCAGCAGUCAAGACGCAAGACUAGAGGUCCCACCAGCCGGUCCACGUGUCCUGUGUUACGUACUAACUGGUCCCACGACACACAAAUCAGCACUGAAUGUACAGAAUACUUGGGGCCGACGCUGCGAUGCCAUGGUUUUCUUUAGCACGAAGGAGGACGCUGAGCUGCAGCCGGAGGUCCUGAAGGUGCAGGAGGGCUAUGGGUUCCUGUGGGCGAAGGCGAAGGCGGCCCUCGGGCACCUGCACCGCCAUUACCCCGACUACGACUGGUACUUCAAGGCCGACGACGAUACCUUCGUCAUCGUCGAGAAUCUGAGGUUCUUCCUGAAGGACCUUGAGCCGCAGGAGCCAGCCUACUACGGCGUCAAGUUCCGACAGCAUGUCAAGCAGGGCUACAUGUCGGGCGGCGGAGGCUACGUCUUGAGCAGGGAGGCCGUCAGGCGGUUCGUGACGGAGGCGCUGACGAUGAAGGACCAGACCAAAUGCGCCAACGAGGCCGUCAGGGGCGCCGAGGACCUCCUGCUCGGCCAGUGCCUCGAGUCCGUGGGCGUGAGGGCGGGAGACAGUCUGGACGCGGCCGGCAAACCUCGCUUCUUCUCGCACAACCCUCUGUCGCUGUUCUACAAGGCGCCGCUCGUCAACAGGCUGCACUGGUACUGGAGGUACAUCUGGCACAAGCACGACGUGGGCCCCGACUGCUGCAGUCCGCACCUGAUCAGCUUCCACGACGUCGACGCGCGCAUGAUGUGGACGCUCGAGACGCUGCUCUACCGCGUCCGCAUCCACCACGAGAUGCAGCCGCAGGAGGGGCGCGGCGCGGGCAAGGCUCCGGGGGCGUCGUGAUUCAAAUAAGUCUGAUUCUUCUUCUCCUUCUGCGUUUCCUUGGUAUUACUAUCAUUAUCUUCGUUAUUAUUCGCUUCCUUCUUCCUGUUAUUGUUUUUUAUCGUUGUUAUUCGUUUCCUUUUUUUUUUUUUUUUUUUUAGUUUUCUUUUUUCUUUCGUUUCCUCCUACUUCUUCCUCCUUGUCUCCUUCCCUUCCUUUCUUCUUCGUCUUGUUCCUCUUCUUCACCGUUUCCUUCUUCUUUCGUUGAUCUUUCUGGACAUUCUCCCAAUCCUUUUUCUUUAAUCCCUGCACCAAAUGAGAGCACGUAUUCACUCGUAUCAACUGUUCUUUAAUUUAUUUUGCAGAAUUAAGCAUAAAAGUUACGGACGAAGUAUGAUCACAAUUUAAAGGUGGUUUGCUCACUGGUUUGUGAACCUGAUUUCUGUACAGCCCUACGAAGAAAUUAACGAAACCAUUAUCUGUAUGGGACUUCUAAGAAAAAGAGUUAAAUUUCUAUACUAGACUUGUACGCUUUUGAGUUAUCUGAGCGAUGGCGAAUGUGUGUGCUCUCUGAUUGGCCUUUAUUUCCCUGUGGUUUGCUGGUCAGACUCAUCAGUCUUUCUUUUGCCUGUAUUUUAAGAAAGGUAUUCUAAAACAGGUUUUGUAUUAUUCAUGCAUAUUGCAUCUCCGUACCUACAUGUAUGUUCUAAUACAUGUUUGACGUUUAAUGCAUAUUUAUGUAUUUAUGUAUAAUGUUUAUAAAAUUAUUGUAUA